ACGUUGAGAUUAAAUUACAAGUUGUGAACGUGUUUAUUGAAUUCUUGAUUCUCUUAGGAAGCAAUAAGGACAUGGCAAAGAUAUCAUUAGCUUUGGUAUUUGCAUUGGUGGUGACUGUACCAUUUCAUUCAGUUAUGGGUCAGGAUGAUGCAUGGAAAAGUAUAAUAGACCAAGCAAAAGAUGAAGCAAGCAAAGCAGGUCUCUCUGAAGAUACAAUAUUCGGGGCUGAGAAGGCUAUAACAGAUGGUUCUGCCGAAAAGGUUGCUGAGGAUGCCUUGGGUGAAGGAUCUUUGGAUGAUUGGGUUAAACAAGCCAAAGAUAUGACCAACGGUGAAAGUUCACCCUCUGGGGCACCAGAAGAUUUACCAGAUGAUGAAGAAGAGGACAAUCUUCUAGAGACACCAGAAUUGGCACCAAAAAUUGCACCAUCAAAGGCACCCGUAGGAGCACCAACAGAUGCACCAUCUGCCGCACCCCAAGCACAAACUCCCUCUGCAACAACAUUAUAAGCAAGAGAUAUAGAUUUGGUUUCAAGAUGCAUGGACUAAAUAUGUGUAGGUUAAGCCAAUAAAUAAUUUUACAUAAAUACUUUACAUUAUAUAAUUAUUUAAACAUUUUUUACACAUAAUUAUGUUAUAUUUAAAAUUAUAAUUUGUCAAUUGAUUAUUGGCUUAAUUUACACAAUUUGUUUGAUGAAAGUAUGUACAAGAAUAUCUCUCCCAAAGACAAGAAAUAGGAGCAAAGAAAUGUCACGCCGGGUGGCACAGGAUAAAAAGAUCACACUCUAGAUAUAUUAAUAUAAAAAAGUAUUACAUUUAUAAUUUACACAUUUUUGGAGGGUAAAAUCCAUGUUCAGGAUGCAACAUCCAUCAAUUUUUACUUUCACGAAUAUAUUAAUGUACACAAAGUUACUGAGUGUAUGCUUGUUUACA